AUGGCUUCUUCCGUCAGUCUACUGCCACCCCUCAUGAAGGGUACGCGUCCCGCCAAUGAGGAGGUGCGCCAGGAUCUACCCCGGCCCUACAAGUGUCCCCUCUGCGACCGGGCUUUCCACCGGUUGGAGCACCAGACUCGUCACAUUCGGACACACACCGGCGAGAAGCCUCAUGCCUGCCAGUUCCCCGGUUGCACUAAGCGCUUCAGCCGUUCCGACGAACUCACUCGCCAUUCGCGCAUUCACAACAACCCCAACUCUCGGCGCAGCAACAAGGCUCAACAUCUCGCCGCGGCCGCGGCCGCUGCUGCUGGUCAAGAUGCUGCCAUGGUCAACGCAGCAAACAUGAUGCCUCCUCCCAGCAAGCCUAUCACCCGUUCUGCGCCAGUUUCCCAAGUUGGCUCUCCGGAUGUGUCUCCCCCUCACUCCUUCUCCAACUACGCGAACCAAAUGCGCUCUAACUUGGGUCCUUACUCGCGCAACAACGACCGUGCCUCCUCUGGAAUGGACAUCAACUUGCUGGCAACUGCAGCUUCUCAGGUCGAACGGGAUGAUCACCUGGGCUACCACUCCGGAAACCGUCAUCAAAUGUUCGGCUCGCGCCAUCACACUGGCCGUGGCCUGCCUUCGCUCUCCGCCUACGCCAUCUCGCAAAAUAUGACUCGUUCGCACUCUAACGAGGACGAUGAUAACUAUGGCGGACACCGCGUAAAGCGUUCGCGACCCAACUCUCCCAACUCCACUGCCCCCUCGUCCCCAACCUUUUCUCACGAUUCGCUCUCUCCUACUCCUGACCACACUCCUCUGGCAACCCCCGCACACUCGCCUCGCCUGCGUCCCCUAGGUGCCAACGAGCUUCACCUGCCUUCAAUCCGCCACCUGUCCCUGCAACAUACUCCCGCUCUGGCCCCCAUGGAGCCACAACCUGAAGGACCCAAUUACUAUAGCCCCAGUCAGGGUCAUAUGGGUCCCACCAUCUCCGACAUCAUGUCAAAACCCGAUGGCACCCAGCGUAAGCUGCCAGUGCCGCAGGUGCCCAAGGUUGCCGUGCAGGACAUGCUCAACCCGGCCAGCGGAUUCACAUCCAUGUCGUCGUCAACGAACAACUCCGUCGCUGGAAACGACUUGGCCGAGCGGUUCUAA